GUCGUGAUUGGCACGCAGGACGACACCGGACGUGCAGGGAGACCACGUGACCGCUCAUCCUGGACCAAUGAGUGAGCAGGUAGCGCUUCGCGAGGGGCACUACUUAAGCGGUGUCCCGGGUUCCGCGGCCUCAGCACGGGUUCGCCCCUUCAGCCGAUGCAUCCGAGCGAACGAGUUUGGAGCGACUUUUACAUCGUGCCUUUUCGUUCCGACCAGUUCUCAGAAGCUACCUCGUGCCUGAGACCUCGCGUUAGCGUCUACCAUACUCCGGAAUGGUGUCCACAGCUGCGGUCGAGUUUAUGGCGGCUUCGUGUCGGGACGUGACGAGCUUGAACCUGACUGACAGGUGUGAGUAUGUUCGUUCCGAACCAUCAUGUUCAGCCAACAUGGGCUACAUCAACUACAUCGAGGGGAUCUAUUGCCUCUUCGGCCCGCAGCACUACGUGGAAUCUCUGCUGCUCACGGUGAUGUGGUUGCUAGUGUUGUUCGUCGCCCUCGGCGUCACGUCAGGUGACUUCCUGACUCCAGCCUUGUUCGUCAUCUCAAAGACACUCCGCAUGUCCCAGAACAUGGCUGGUGUCACACUCCUCGCAUUCGGCAACGGUUCUCCGGACAUCUUCGCUGCCCUGGCAGGUGUGAGGCAAGGAUCGUACGAGCUUGUCAUUGGAGGCCUUGUAGGUGGUGGGAUAUUCGUCACCACAGUUGUUGCCGGGUCGGUGUUCCUCGUGAAGCCCUUCAAGCUGGCUGCCCGACCAUUCCUGAGAGACAGCGUGUUCUACUUCUCCGCAGGGGCUUGGGCCUUCUACUUGUUUUACACGGGAGCGAUCACCAUGAUGCACGCUAUAGGUUUCAUCUGCCUCUACUGCGCAUACAUUACUGUGGUCGUCGUGAGUGGAAUAGUUUACCAAAGGUACCUGGCCAAAGAACAGGAUCGCCAACAGCGAGACGAAGAAAAAGGGUGCCACGACGAAAAGCCUCCCAAGAACGGUAGGUGCUUCUCCAGUCGACCAACGCUUCUGGCGCUGGCGGUUUGCAGGCUCGUACUGCCAAACCGGACGGGCGCCAUGUCUUGCGUCGGCAGCGCCAUCUCACCUCGGUGCCUGUCGCCCGGAUCGUGCGCGUGGAUGCAGAAACCUGCCUCCGAGCUUUUGGCAGACGGCUUCGCGCUAAAGUGCACCGGAACUUUCUCCUUUGGACAGGAGAAGGUCUUCCGAGACCCGCGUCGGUCGCGCGCACUUUCACCAAGAGGUGUGGCUGCUAAAAGACGGAUUCGGCGUUUCUGUACCUUCGCAACGCACAUAAGGUAUACCAAAGCUGUCCUUUCGAAUUUUCUCGAUGCUUCCCGUUUCGCCGUACUAUUCCUGCUGAAUAUGACGGUCCUUGGCGCCUUUGUCUCCCUUCUUGCAGGACUACCUCGAGAGUCAUGGGAGGAAGCAAUGUCGCAGCCAGUCGCCUACAGCGCUAUUUCAUAUGCUCCUCUUUGGCGCUUCGUUUCGGUUACAGAGGCAUCCACAGUUCCAAGCGAACUGACGUUCAAUGGAAGGCGGCACGUCUUAGACGACCCUGAGCGCUCCUAUGUCGUGCCAAUUGCCUUCAGGUACUUGAAGACCGAACCGAGCAAUGAUGUUGAAGUUGCCGAGAAAAACACAGUGCCAGAUCCCGAUGAGGGUGUCUAUUACAUCAACCUUGGCGCUGACAGCCUUGAGGAAGAAGUCGACGUGGACACACUUGCCAUUUCUAUUGAUAAACCAAGGAGAGCCUCGAAGCUGGACAAGGCUCCUUGUAUCGCACAGGAGGAGGAGAAGAGUUCGACGGGCCUUGUACUGGACGUGAUCAACAAGCUCCUCUCUGUUAACUUAGACGAGAAGGAGAAGGAGCCGUUCCUGAUGUACCUCGUCAGCAUCUUCAAGAUCCCUGUGUUCUUCACACUGGCAAUAACUACCCCAGUGGUGGACCUCACCCAGAAGAACAACAACUGGUGCCGCCCUCUCAACGUGAUCCACUGCAUUACAGUCCCUGUGCUCCUAGUCUUUGUCUUCGGCCUGGGAAAAGUGGAGAUCGGCGGCGUGGUUCCCCUCUGGACAGUUGUAGCCGCUGUAGGUGCUCUGAUUGGAGUGGUCGUGCUAUUUACGUCUGAAAAUGACAAGGCACCCAAGUACCACUUCGCCUUUGCCUACGCCGGCUUCAUUGUUGGCGUCGUGUGGAUCUACGUCAUCUCCAUGGAAAUCGUCGUUUUGUUGCAGGCCGUUGGCAUUGUGUUUCGCAUUAGUGAUGCAAUACUCGGACUGACAAUACUCGCAUGGGGAAACGGUCUUCUAGACUUCCUUGCCAACGUGAACAUCGCAAGGAAAGGCUACCCACGAAUGUCUAUCUCGGCAUGCUUUGGAACACCGUGCCUGACUCUUCUACUCGGUGUUGGAAUUCCGUCCAUUAUUCAGUUGGCAGGAACGAACAACGUUCUUGUGCUUCACUACACCAAGCUCAUCACGGUGCUCUUCUCCGGCCUAGCCACCAGCCUACUGUCUUCAAUGGCCACGAUGCUGGCGACCCGCUUCGAGAGUAAGCGCUUCUAUGGCGGCGUGCUCCUUGCGAUCUACUUCACGUUCCUCGUCGUCGCCGUACUCGUUGAAUCAGGAUUAGUGUGAAGACACACACACACAGAACACACAGGUCACACACGAAGCAGAAAAUGUGUAAACUCUGUUUACCGCUUCCUUAAUUUGCUCAACGGAAGGAAACGUGUGCGCUGCGUGGGAUAAGGUGUUUUCCACAGGUGCCAUACUUGUAUCCUUCACACCGCUUCAUCAAUAUUGGAGUGGUGCUUAACAAGAGGGCGUGGUGGUAAUUGCUCGAAGAGUGGGUCAGUAAGCAGAAGCUUGUCGAGCUCUGCGGGACAGAGUUUACCGGGCAUUCGUGCUCUCAGCUAGUCGCUGUUUUUUUUUUUCUCCUGUUCUAGAGAGCCGGCCAUUGUAAUCGGCGACACGACAUGACGUCCACGCUUGCUCGUGGAAACCAACACAAAGUACACGGGAGUUCAAGAGCCAUGGUCGGCUAUUUUUUGUGUUCUUCGACAGAAGCCUAUUGUGAGCAGCUGAACUCGCAAAGGUGGUCUCACCGAAUAGACGCCACUGUCAAAAUACGCACACACGAAUACCACACGAGUGCUCGUUUUCAAUUACAUCAUUUUGUACAAAGCAGAAAACCAUGACGUCUGUCUGCUUGUGCAUGCAGAGGCUCGCGAAGGAGAUGGUGCUUUUUUUCUUUCAUUUUUUUUUGCGUCCCGCGCAAGCAGGACCACCCAGCGCAUUGUAUGCUCUUGUAUUUUGUUAGCGUCUGAUAAAAUUUUUUGGUGCGAGCGAAUUAUUUUUUGUACAUUUUUGCGUUUCUGUGUUUGGCUGGUGAUGGUGAAGCAUUUGCUUCUGGGACGGCGUUUUAAAGGGACCCUGGAACGAAUUUGGCGACAGUGUACAAACUUCUUGAGUGGGCAACUUCGAAUCAGGGCAGACCGAUUUAUGUGCCUGCAAUUUAUUAAAAGGCUUUAAGCACCCACUGUGGCACAUAUAGCAGUGGCGCCGCCACAUUGACUUUUCAGCCCCCCCCCCCUCCUUUCAUCUGGGACGUGGCACGGUUUUGUGACGUCGCUCACGCGAGUGAGUGGAUUGGCCUCUCAUCGUCUCUAUACCGGAGGAGAGAACGUGAGCGGCCGCGUUUGUGGUGGCACCUGGUGGCGUAGAGACCAACCAGGCAAACGCAGGGCGUGGCCUCCGUGAUCUUCCGUGCGCCGGCGGAACAUCGCGGAAGGAAAAGCUUAGCCCGACUGCUCGGCGAAGUUCUUGAGGAAGAAAAGCAUGGCCUCGGAUGAGAGUAGAUUUCAGUCACCUGCAGUUUCAUCUAUGCAAGAUUAUUCCUAUAAUGCGAAUGAAUUACUCCAGUUUAGACUAACCGCUUGCGUAAAUUCAAGAACCGUUUCAGGGACUCUUCAGCUUGGGUGUUGCGGGGAAAGUGUACAUAAAUAUUUAUUUGCAUUUUCGUAAGACCAAAGUAUACACACUGACUGUUCCUGACGCUCUUUUGAGCCUGUAUUUGUUUCUUGAAACGUAUACGCAUUAUUUAUAUCGCAAUUGAAAAAUAUACAUCCUUCAAGUUACCGGACUCGUACAACUCCUGUGACUGGCAUGAUUUCUUGUUAGAAUUUUUUUUUCGAGACUUACUUUCUGAAAGCUAACUACGUCGUUAGAUCUGAUACGCAACUUUUUCCUGUUUCAUUUUCUCUUCUUGGCCUGCGCUAUUCUGAAUCUCUCCCAGUGCGGCUAUAGGUAAUGGCGGCGCUGUGCGUGCGUUUUACAUUUCACCGCCACCCAGUUCUACCUAUAAAAACAAUAGUCCUAACAUUUUUUUUUUUUGUUCCCGUGAUGCCGUUUCGUUCAUGCGGCAUGACUUUCGAUGAAAAAGCUGGCUGUGUUGACGCCCAGACGGCGGUGAAUUAGCAAGGCAGCUAUAAACACAACGAACAUCAAGACGCUUUUCUUCCUCCAAGUGCACCCAUGGUCUGGCGUUUUCCGAAAUCUCUAAUGUGGAUACGUAUGAGCCGUAGCGUGGAGUUGCUUGUUGAGACUAUUUUGCACAUGCAUUUCUUACUUUUGUAUGUUUAUAUUAUUAGUUGCGAUGUUUGUUUCGUACUGACUGCAAUAAAUUCUAUUCGUUGUUCCAAA